AUGUCGCGGACUUGCUUCUGGCAGAAUCAGGUUCAGGGCGACAUCCCGGCCUACCCCACUGACCACACACCGCUCUGGGCCCACCGUAUUUCGGGGUCGGUCGGGGGCACUGUCAAUGGGGGCCUCGGGUGUGCUCUUGGGGCAUGGUGGGAGAGGGCCACGAACGGUGGCCGAGACAUAGGCGUCCCCGUCCACCUGGCCGUGAAGAACGGCAGCUCGAGGCCUGUUGGCGGGUGGAGGGUCCACCUUCCGUGGGACUCCCACGGGAAGGCCCUGAAGGCGGCGUCGUUGCAGCUCCACGACGGCAGCGUGGUGAUGUCUACGGAGGACGCCCACAUCCUUUGGAGCUCUUCGCCCUCGCUAUGA